AUGUCAUCACCGGCCUGCUGGACGUGCCGCCUUCGGAGGAAAAAAUGCGACCGAGCCCGACCCAUCUGCAGUGCCUGUGCUGGUCUGGGCAUUGACUGCCACUACAGCGCCGUGAGGCCCGAGUGGAUGGAUGGCGGGCAGAAGCAGGAUGACAUGGCAAAGGCUAUCAAGGCUCAAGUGAGACAAAGCUCUUCAUCACGUCGCGACAAGGAGUUCUCUGUCCAAGUUCUUCCUCUUGGAGAGUCUUCUACCUCUCUCCAAGCCCCACCCUCGAUUGACAGCCCAGCGUCGACUAGCUCUGCUGCGCCAGUGCACGCAACCGGCCAAGGCGAGACGGAUGAUUUCCUCAUGACACUAUACCUAGACAAAGUGUUCCCCUUCCUAUUCCCGUGGUAUCAGCCCACAAGCAUAAGCGGCGGACGCAGCUGGCUCUUGGCCAUCCUCAAGGGUCAGCUAGGCAUCAAACACACUGCAAUCAGCAUCAGCGCCUAUUACUUCGCGUUGAGUCUCGCCCAAGACGCGAGCCAUACUCUACGUACUCCAUGUGAGCAGCAUGUGUGGGAUACACUUGCGCUUCACAUGAAGACUUCCCUCAAGAUUAUUAGGCAGGACAUGGAUGGCUUAAGCAAAGCCUCUCCACAUACCAAAGCCGAUAUCUUCCGUCAAACACAUGUCUUGGAAGGCAUUAUUCAGCUAUUAAUCUUUGAAACAACCAUGGCUAGAGGUGGAGAUUGGAACAUGCAUCUGAAGGCUGCAUUAGCGCUGUUCAACGACAUUUUUGAUACUCACGGCAUGAAAGAUGGACAACAUGAUCUGGGAGUCGUGCUGAGAGCCAUGGAUCAAGAUCGGCCGUUUUUCGACGGAAUUAAAUUGGGGUUCAGUGUAUGGACAGCUGACCAGGCCUCAUUUCAAUUCUUUGCCGCAUUUCUCGUCUUUGCGGACAUCAUAUCCAGCGUAUCCCUCAAGACUCCUCCCCGCCUUCAGCACUACCAUCGUUCUCUCAUUGCUGAUCGCCAUCCCUCUGUCGACUAUUCACAUGACGAAACUCAAGGGAUCCGUAUGGGAGACUAUGUCGGGUGCCCUGGAUGGGUUCUCGUCGCUCUUGGAGAGGUGGCACGGCUAGAGUCAUUGAAACACUCGGCUGAACCCAUUCAAAGGGCAGACAUAGCAGAAGAGGUGCGAAACCAAAGCAUAGAGCUUGAGCGGAUGCUAGAAGAUGGUCUAGUCACUACUUCUAACUCGGCAAGCCAAACUCAAAAUCGGGUUCCCGUGGUGGAGGCAUGGAUACACGCCACGAUACACUAUCUCACAAUCGUUGUAGAAGGCUGGGACCCAUCACACCCCAAGAUCCUCCGCGGCGUGCAGCGCAUCUUGGAAAUCACCAGCACAAUUCCCUGGCAGCUCUCCCUCCGCAGCAUCAUGUGGCCAUUCUGCGUUGCCGGCUGCCUAGCAGCGCCUGAGCAGGAGGACAUGUUCAGAAGCGCUGUGUCGGCGAUGGGACCCUUCCAAGCAUUUGGCACGGCUAAGGAGGCUCUCGGGCUGAUGGAACGUGUCUGGAGGCUUCGAGACCAGCUAGACAGGGAUUCGUGGAGUCUUUGUCAUUGCUUUGAGGUUGACGGCGCCAAGUUUCUGCUGAUAUGA